UGUUCGAGCUUAAAAAGUUUUACGCCAGCUGCCUGAGCGCUUGUUUAAAAAAAGCAGCUUGCACGAGGAUAUUCUGUGGUAACAAACAUAGCAGCGCAGCUCUGGAGACGUUCAUUAACUUUAUCCAACGAAAUAAUGUAACGUAAGCGAAGCAGCUAACCGACAAAGUUGUCUGUCCUAUGGUGAACCGACACUGAACGUACGUACGUCAGUGUUUAACAUUUACCGUCAGUUAAACGUAGCAGCGAGUUAUCCGUCAUGGUUAAUGUGAAAAUUUUCUCUUACUACUGUUAAGAGGGACUUGCUUUUGUUUCACUCGUUGCCUUCUUUGUAAAUACAAGUUUCUUUGUUUACGCCACGGAACAAACAAGGACUCUCUGGGGCAUGUUGACUCACUACAGGAGGGCAAGAAAAACAUUUUUUUCUCAAUGAAAGAGAACAAAAUGAAGCCAAAACGCAUUCAGGGGAAUAGAGGAUCCGACUGGCAAGGAAAGGGCGCCAACACUGGUGACAAGACAGCACUGAGCCAAGCUAAGCCAACAUCACAUGUGUCCUCUUCUGCUCAAGUCAAACCUUUUGCUGGGAAGGUGUUUUACCUGGAUCUGCCAUCAAACAGGACGGCAGAGACACUGGAGAGUGACAUCAAAGAAUUGGGAGGGACUGUUGAGAAGUUCUUCAGUAAGGAAAUUAAGUAUCUGGUGUCCAACAAGAGAGAAGCCCGAUAUGUGCAGUGUCUCAGGCAGGACUCUCCUGUCCCCAGCCCGGACUCUGGACAGAGUUCACCGCAUCCUCGUUCAAACCCACACCGGCCUGGCAGUCAUGGGGACAACAUCAAAAGCAGAUCUCAGGGUCAAACAGACACGUUUGUCAUAAGUCGAGGGAAGUCUUUGGUGGAGAGAGUGGUCAAAGAGCAGGAGAGGGUACAAAUGAACAAGAUUCUGUCAAAUGCUCUGGAGUGGGGUGUGAAAAUCCUCUACAUAGAUGAUGUAAUUGCAUAUAUACAGAAGAGAAAAAAGAUUGUCAGCAGCCAGUGUCCUGCGAGCACUGCUGUCAAAACAAGUGUCAAAGCUGAGUCUUCAGCAGGACAAGGCUUUCAGAAAUGCAAAGGUGGGCGAAUCAGUAAACCUUUCAUCAAGGUUGAGGAUUCAAGCAGACACUACCGUCCAAUCUACCUCACAAUGCCAAACAUGCCUGAGUUCAACCUGAAGGCUGUUCCUCCUUGUAGUCCGUUCUGUGUCGAGGACAAGGAUCCUCCUGGGAACAAACAACAGGGACACAGAGGUGCAAAAGCCUCAGCCAGUGAGGAGAGAGCUCACGGCCGAAAGAAGAACAGAGACAAGAAACGAGGCGGCUACUGCGAGUGCUGCAUGAUCAAAUAUGAAAACAUCACAACGCAUCUACGGAGUGAUCGUCACAAGGCCUUCUCCAAGAGUGACGCGUACUUGGUAGUGGACAGACAGGUUUCAAUGCUGCGCUGCAACUUCAUCCACAUCAAAACUAAAAUUAAAAGACCAAAGUGCAGUGUUUCCUCUGGUCUGGUUGUUCCUGGGCCAUGUGGGAAAACUGAGUUAAGACUCAAGGCAGAUCUUGAUACCAUAGAGACUAUUAAAGAGGAGCAGCACCAGACUGUCGAUGAGGAAACUUCUUCAGGACACACUUUAAAAAUCACAUCAGCUCCUGGUUCUGCCCCCCUGACUGACAGAGAAAGAGGCAGGAGGAACUGUUCCACUCACUCAGACAGAUCCAAGCACAAAUCUCUUGCAUGUAAACGGCCGCGCAGGCAGAAUUCCCUGACAUCUUGCACUCAGAGAGCUGAGCAGACUCAAAUUCCUCAGCCCAAGAUGGAAACAGCUCCCUCUAGAGGAGAAUGUCUUUUCUCUUUCCCCUCCAGAGUUACUCAGGUUCAUUCAGUGGACUUAACAUCUCACAAAGACAUGAACAACUCAACCACACUCUUCCAUAAUGUCAGUGCACAGAAUGAUUCCUCCAAAAGCCUCAAUUUUGAGACAAAUGAACAAGAGGAGUCAGAUACAAACAAGGAUUCAUUAGUUUUUGAUGCUGUUCAGGAUGGAAGCAUAAUACCUGACAGAAUGACUGGAAACAACCUCAAAGAACAUAAAGAGGGGAAGCUUCUCCCAGAAAGCUUCUCUCCUGUCCGGAAAAUACGGAGAAGGAUCAGAGUUUAUAAACACAAAAGACGGAAAGUAGACACACAUGUUGAACUUGCAAAGCCAAGUGAUGUUCCUGAAAACUCUGUGAUGACCCUUUGGAAGCUUUUCCAGUCAAGCGAUGACAUGGAUGUGGAGUUUCAUGGAUUUGAAGACUAAGAAUGAACAAAUGAACUGAAGGGAUUAACUGAAAUCACACCACUUUGUGUGUCAUGGGUUUGCAAGCCCACAGAUGGUUCUUCAGGAACAUGCAUUUGAUCAUACGGAACAUUUGGAAUCAUCCACACCCCUUGUUUUGUUUCCCCCCUUUGCUUCUUUUAAUAUCAGAUGAAAGGCAGCUGCUGGUGUGCUGUAACAUUAUAAAAUUUAAGAGGUAAAAUGUCACCUUAACAUUAUAAAUAUUUUUAUAGUGGCAGUAAAAUGUAUGACUUAUCAUUUUGCGCUUAACUUGUGCUGCAAAAAUGUCUUAAUUACAUUUAUUUGGCGUUUAUUUUCUAGACUCAACACAUAGAGCUAUAAAAAUGGACUGGAAAUUGAAGAAAGAAGACUUGAAUCUCCCCAAACAAGGGGAACUGAUUGUAUUUGUCUGAUAAAAUAUAUAUAUACUAGUUGUAUAUGUAUUUUAAUGUGACCUAUAGGUUGAGCGCCAUACGCUCAACCUUUUAUGUGACGUGUUAGGAUUCUUCCUAAGUGCACUUUU